CGGUCCGUCAGGAGCGCGCCGGAAGCGGGGCCGGGUGGAGCGCGGAGCGGCCCAGCGAGAUGCCUGUGACCGUGGGCCCGUACGGGCAGUCGCAGCCCAGCUGCUUCGACAGAAUAAAGAUGGGUUUCAUGAUGGGCUUUGCCGUGGGCAUGGCUGCAGGGGCGCUGUUCGGCACGUUCUCCUGCCUCAGGAUUGGCAUGAGAGGACGAGAGCUGAUGGGUGGAGUUGGCAAAACGAUGAUGCAAAGCGGUGGGACGUUUGGGACAUUCAUGGCCAUUGGUAUGGGGAUACGCUGCUAGCCUCGACUUUGGGAUGUAUCCCAGAGUGCCCCUGCCCAGCCAUUCCUCCUCUGUACCAUAAUAAAAUCUUUAGAUACCUGGAA